AUGGCAUUUCAUCGACCACAUCCUAAGAGAAUAUCUCAUGAACCAGUAUCUAAUCGAGAAUUGGAAUUGGAGCAGGUAAAUCAAGCUUUAAGAGAUGAGUUAUCUAACGAAGUUUCAAUCAAUAAGUCAAAUGAGAAAUACAUAAAUGAGCUAGAGCACAAAUAUACCCAGUGUGAGAAAGAAAUCCAAUCCCUCAAUAAAGAACUGGAAUGGCUUGAUAAUGCUUUGGAGGAAGAAAAGGCGGAGUUGAGAUCGGAGAUAGCGUCCCUUAAAAGAAGCUUAUAUCAAGCUAAAAAGGAAAUCCGAGAUAAGGUAUCCUAUACUGAUAUUAUAGAGAAGCAAUUACAAGAAUCAGAAGAGCGGGUUCAAAAUCUAAGGCUUAGAUUCAAAAUUAUUUCUUCAAGAAGAAGCUCUCCUAUCUUAUAUAAUUCAGAAGAAGAUACAGAUAUGGCACAUAUAGACCCCUUUAUAAAUAUCACUAGAGGAUUAAAUCGCCUUGAAAACCAUUUCACGGGGGGUACACCCUUAAUUAAUCCUGUCAAUAUUAUCCAAGGUAUGUAUGGCACUUUAAAUACUAUUUGGGCUAAUUAUCAAAGAAUAGACCAGGAUUUAGAUGAUGUUACAAAUCAACGAGAUGCUCGAGAUGCGCAAAUAGUACAAUUACAGCAAGAUGUCAAUCAUUUUAGACAGCAAAAUAUUGCUUUACAAAAUCAUGUUAACCAACUUACACUAGAGCGUAACAAUUCUCAGAAUGAUCUUGCUUUGAUGACUACAACUUAUUAUAAUGAACGGGAAGAACGUCGACAUUUGUGGAGGGUAGCUAAACAAUUGGAAAAAGGAAUGCAGAUGCGGAUUAAUACUUUAUUACUUGAUAAGCUUGCACUUAAUUUUAAACUCCGGAGGUGUCAAAGACAUGGUAGAGAAUUACAACAGGGCCCUAAUGUACCUCAUAUUCCACAAAAAAUAGUUAAUAAAUCACAGGAUCAUUUAGAAACUAUUGCUAUGAGAUUAGGUUAUCCAGAUGAUGCAUCACGAAAUCCUGAUGAUUUAGAAAAUUUUAUUGAAGAUGAAUUAUAUAAAAGAUUAGGUCAUGCAAAUUAUAAUCUUAGAAAAGAACCUUUUGGCAGUAGACGAAAUUUUCCUGCAAAAAAAGUUUAUACAAAUAAAAAAUCUAGCAAAACAUCUUCCAAAUGUUCCGAUUGUGGUAAGCCAGGUCAUAGAAAAAACCAAUAUGACCCUUCAGAAGAAGAAUCUGAUAAUGAGAAAUCCUAUUAUGAAAGUGAGGAAGAAGAUGAUAAUUCUCGACAUACAUUUGCUUUAAAAAAAAAGAUAACCAAAUCUGGUUCUAAGAAGAAAAGUCAGUCAAAAAAGCCCUCUUCAGUAUUUGUGAUUCAAAAAAUAUUCCGAGCUUCAUGUAAGUCAUUAAUAGAGGCAUUGAUUAAGGAAUGUCCUGAGAAUAUUUUAGUAGAAGCUUUAAGUUAUUUAGGUAAUGUAUACGAUAGUUUGAAAAAUACACUCUUAGAUAACUAUGCCUCAAAAUAUUCAUCUAAGGAGAAAGAAGUAAUUUGGGGGCAGGUUACAGAAGUUUAUAAAGAUAUUUUACAUUCACUAAUUGUAGCUGUUGAUCGAAUUAAUAAAUCCAAGGAGCAACCACAAUCAAAUACAUUAAAUUUUGCUAUCAAGAAACAUUUUAUCCAGCAAACAAAAAAAUCAUACUGGCCUGAUCCGAGAUAUGAGAUUAAUUUUAUUCACCCCAAAGAUCCUGAUGAUGUAGCAACAAUUACUAGUAAGGUUGCUUCAAUGACUAUACCUUAUUCACUGGUUGAUUCGGGAUCUAAUGAGUCAGUUAUUAGUGAUAAUAUUGCUGAAGAAAUGGGACUUGAAAUAGAUAAAUCAAAUAUCCCAAAUAUUACCGGUCUUGCAAGUAAUGCCAAUGUUGUAGGAACAUCUUAUAAUGUACCUGUAACAAUCAGUGAUGGAAAAAAUUCAAUUACAGCCUAUGAUAAUUUUUCAAUAGUUAAAGCUGAAAAAAAUAAAAAUGGAGAUUAUAAGUCCCUAGUAUUAUUUGGUAAUCCUUUACUUAGUAAACUUGGAUGGGAACCCAUUGUAAACCGGGAAUUCAAGGCAUGUCAAAAUGAUGUACAUGUUACAUUACCACUUUCAGUUCAUAAAUCACAACGAGAAAUUUUUACAACUGAGAAGCUAGAACCAUGGCAUGCUCCAGAAGGCUUUAACCCAAAAAAAAACUAG